AUGGUGUCAGAUUCAUCGGUUAACAAUGGUUACAUAAUCGACAUUGACUCUGAUUUCGACGAUUAUUCAGAGGCCGAUCCGGAUAACUACUUCAAAAAUCUCAACCUACGAUAUUUUGCUGCCAAACCACAGGAAAUGCUAGAGUACACUCAGUUAAAAGAAAAGUGUUUGGAGAAUGACAACCCGGUUGCCCACUAUAUCGAGGGGAUACUUAAGUACUUCAUCGAGGAGGAACAUCGUGAAGGCCUGAGACAUUUCCGACAAGCUUCCAUUGGGAAAAAUGAUGACGACAAUGAGACUGGAGAACAAGUUAAUCCUACCAAGAAGAACAGACCAGAAUCGAAUGUUGUUUUGGAGCUACCAAUCAGACGUUGGGUCUUUAAGGAUGUAACCAACGUACCUCAUGGUAGUUUGAAGAACUCGCAGUCGCCAUCGCCAUAUAUAUCUCCUCCGGGAGUUGACUCAGGAACGCAAUCUCCAUUUGUGCCUUCUAGCAGUAGAUCGAUCUGCGGCAGUUUCGGUAAAGAGACCUUACAUCCUAAUGAGCCGAAUAUUGCUGACAUUUUGAACUCAGCCUAUGUUGACGAGGGUAAUCCUACAUUCCAAUGCAAGUUCUGUAAAGCCAAACUGUGGUAUGGUGAACGUUUAGACAGAAAGACUAAUUCAAAGAAGGAUCCAAUUUUUUCGAUCUGUUGUGGACAAGGACAAGUCACACUACCUAUGUUAAGAGAGAGCCCUUUGGUCAUCAAAAAACUGCUUUAUGGAAAAGAUGCGAAAAGUCGGUACUACCAGAACAACUUGAGAUCAUUGAACAUGCUGUUUUCUUUCACUUCUCUUGGUGGUAAAGUUGAUCGCUCUAUUCCUAAUGGUGUUGGUCCGAAAACUUUUACAAUGCAAGGGGAAAACUACCAUUUAAUGGGCAGUAUGAAACCAGAUUCCGGUGACUCCACUAAGUUUUCUCAGCUUUAUAUUGUUGACAUUGAAUCCGAAGUUGAAGAUAUAGACGCUGUUCUGAGCAAAUACAAGACAGAGGCAGAUAAAGCUAAGAAGCUUGAGUUGAGAAAGCAGAUUAUUGAGGAUAUAAUAAAAGUGCUUGACGAUGUUAAUUCGUAUGUUAAGCAGUUUCGGCAGGCAAGGGAAAGAUUGAGCAUGGAGGCUAACGAGAAGUUCCAUAUGAGGAUUGUGAGUACUCGCGAGAAAGAUGGAAGGACUUAUGAUACUCCAACUGCGUCUGAGGUGGCAGUAUUAAUUCCUGGAGACUUUAAUUUGGAGAUGGACAGGCGUGACAUUGUUUUACAGGAAAAACAAUCCGGCAGUUUAAAAAGAAUUAGUGAGAUACAUCCUUCUUAUCUUGCACUUCAGUAUCCCCUUAUUUUCUCAUAUGGUGAAGAUGGAUUCAGACUCGGUAUUAAAAAAAAGGAUUCUCCUGCUGCUGAGAAAUUGAAGAGAAAGGAUAUAAGUAUGAGGCAAUGGUUUGCUUUCCGACUUUUUGAAAGAGAUGGCGAGUGCCAGACUCUUCUGAACUCAAGAAGAUUAUUCCAGCAGUUUCUGGUUGAUGCAUUCACAACUAUCGAAACUAACGGUAUCUGUUUUUUGAAGCAGAAUCAGAAAAGUUUGAGGUCAGACAGUUACGACUCGAUCAAACAGUCUGAGAACGAUGGGAAAAUUGAUAUGAAUGAUCAGGGUUCCAGAUUUAUUUUGCCAGCAUCUUUCACCGAUUCACCGAGAUACAUGAAGAAUAACUAUCUAGACGCAAUGGCUAUUUGUAAACACUAUGGUUUCCCUUCGUUGUUUAUCACGUUUACAUGCAAUCCAAAAUGGCCGGAGAUUACAAGAUAUCUAUCCCUGCGGAAUUUGAAUGCAGAGGAUAGGCCUGAAAUUGUCUCAAGAGUUUUCAAGAUGAAGUUGGAAUCACUUAUGACAGUUUUAACAGAUGGCGAGCUCUUAGGCAAAACUCUGGCAUCGAUGUUUACAGUUGAGUUUCAGAAACGUGGGUUGCCGCACGCUCACAUAUUGUUAUUCAUGCAUCCAAGUUCUAAGAUUCUCACAACCGAGCACAUUGACCAGAUCAUUUCAGCUGAGAUUCUAGAUAGAGAUGAAGACCCUGAACUCUAUGAAGUGGUUAAAGACAUGAUGAUUCAUGGUCCUUGUGGUGUUGUCAACUCUAAAUCACCGUGUAUGGAGAACGGAAGAUGUUCCAAACAAUUUCUGAAGGCUUUUUCGUCCAACACUACUGUUAAUAAAGAGGGAUUUCCAAUCUACCGUAGACGUGAUGAUGGUCAUUUUGUUGAGAAAAAAGGUUUCAAAUAUGUAUCUGCCUGUGAAUCUGCAUGGAGAACUCUAAAGUUUCCAAUUCACUACAGAUCGGUGCCUGUUGAGAAAAUUCAGUUUCAUUUGCCAGGAAAACAGAAUAUAGUGUUUAAGGACGACGACACAUUUGAGGAAGUAACAAGUCGGGUGCUGAUUCAGAAUACCUAUAUCAUGGCAUGGUUUGAGUUGAAUAAGGAAUGUUGUUUUGCUCGGGGUUUAUUAGAAGAUGACCAAGAAUACAUUGAUGAUAUAGUCAGGUCAAGCUUCACGAGUUCUGCAGCCUGUCUGCGACAUUUAUUUGCUGUUAUGCUCAUGUCGAUGACCUUAUCAAUGCCAGAAAAAGUUUGGGAAAAUACAUGGGAGUUUCUUUCAGAAGACAUUGAGUAUAGGCUGAGAAAACGGUUGAACAAACAAGAUCUAUGUUUAAGUGAUGCUGACAAAAAAGAAGGAGCUCUAUUGGAGAUUGAAAUUUUUUUGAAGAUUAAUGGAACUUCUCUGUCAAAUUGGGAUAAGAUGCCAAAGCCCUUCUGCGAUGCUCCUGAUUUACAAAACGUUUUGAUCACGGAUGAGCUGAGUUACAACCGUGAUAAGUUAAGAGAAGAGCAUGAUAGGGACGUUUUGAAAAUGACUGAUGAGCAAAAGAAGAUCUACAAGGAGAUUAUUGAUGCUGUUACGGAAAAAAAAAGUGGACUUUUCUUUGUUUAUGGAUUUGGUGGUACUGGGAAGACGUUUUUGUGGAGAUUAUUAUCUGCUGCUAUUAGAUCCAGAGGUGAGAUUGCGUUGAAUGUUGCAUCAAGUGGUAUUGCUUCCCUUCUGUUACAAGGAGGAAGGACUGCACAUUCUAGAUUCGGUAUACCAAUCAAUCCAGAUGAGUACUCUUUUUGUAAUUUGCCACCAGGGACAGAUGCUGCUAAUUUGGUUAAAGAAGCCUCUAUGAUUAUUUGGGAUGAAGCACCGAUGAUGAGCAAGCACUGUUUUGAGUCACUCGAUAGGAUCUUAGCAGACAUUAUGAGGAUUAAAGAAAAGAAGCCAUUUGCUGGGAAAGUUGUUGUAUUAGGUGGAGAUUUUAGGCAAGUGCUGCCUGUUAUAAAUGGUGGCUCGAGGCCUGAGAUUGUGUUGAAUUCGCUAAAUUACUCCUAUUUGUGGAAACAUUGCAAAGUGCUCAGAUUAACAAAGAACAUGAGGUUGCUGUCGACUAAUAUGACUCCGGAAGAGUUGAAGGAACUUGAAUCAUUUUCUAAGUGGAUAUUGGAUGUUGGAGAUGGAGUUGCUGGUGAGCCUAAUGAAGGUGAAGAGAGAACAUAUUUGAGCUCAGACAGCAUCGACCCAUCUAAUACACGUUCCGUUAAUGAUCAGGCUCUCACACCAGAUUUUUUGAACAGUAUCAAGGUAUCAUGCUUACCAAAUCAUAAUCUUAGGUUGAAAAUUGGAUGCCCUGUCAUGUCGCUGAGGAACAUUGAUAAUGUUGGAGGUCUGAUGAAU